AUGGAGGUACAUCUGACUUUUCAGCUGCUGCUCACUUCUAUGAUGAUGAUGAUGAUAAAGGCUUCAGCUGCUCCUCAAAAGAACUUCUGUUUCACCAAGAGGACAUCAAUGACGCAGACGGCCUGCCACUCCUGCAGCAUCUCCCUGCUGAUCACGUGUCCCAUCGGCUACAAGAAGACGCCAGAGUCCACCAAGUCAGGCUGCAGGUACCACAUCAACACGUACAGCAUGAAACUGACCAUGAGCGGCUGCUCCUUCAGGUGCUACAAGGAGGUGCAGGUGAAGAGCUGCUGUCCAUGGUUCUGGGGUCCAGACUGUUUGGAGUGUCCCGAUCAGGCCCAGAGACCGUGCAGGGACAGGGGGGUCUGCUCUGACGGGCUGGGGGGGGACGGAACCUGCAGCUGUCAGAGGGGUUUUGCAGGAACUGCAUGUGAGGACUGUGCACCUGGACAUUAUGGACCCACCUGCAGCUCAGAGUGCACAUGUGUCCAUGGUCUUUGUGAUUCUGGAUUGAAAGGUGACGGUCGAUGCACCUGCUUUUCUGGGUACAAAGGACCAAACUGUGACCAAGAGUUACCUGAGUGUGCAGCUCUCACCUGUUCGCCAAACUCCCGCUGUAUGGAAGAAGCUCUGACGGGACAGCUGGUGUGUCAGUGUAAACCCGGCUACCAGAAAUCAGGAUCUCAGUGUUUGUCCAAAAACCCGUGUCUUCAGUCUGUCUGUCAUGUCCACGCUUCCUGUGAACACACGGGUCCAAACCAGCACCUUUGCACCUGCAGAGAGGGCUACAGUGGGGAUGGAAAGGUCUGCAUGGAGUUUGAUCCAUGUCAGAGCCAUCAUGGAGGAUGUUCCCCCGAGUCUGCCCGCUGCAUAUAUGAUGGACCAGGGAAGUCUCACUGUGAGUGUUCUCUGUCUUGGACUCUGCAGAACCUGGGUCCUUUUACCAUUUUCGUCCCAAUCAAUCGAGGCUUCAGGGGAGUUUCUGUCAAAUCUCUGACGGCAAACUCACUGAAAGCUAAGAACCUGCUGAACCUCCACCUCGUUGCUGGGGAGAUCUCGUCUGAAGCGCUGAAGAAAUUGGACGUUUUCUACACUCUGGCAGGAAAAUCAGCUGAGAUCGACACGUCGGUGACUCAAACUAACAUCCGGAUUCACGGCAGCAGGAAGAAAGGUAGCAUCGUCCAGUCUGACCUGGUAGCGUCCAACGGGAUGAUCCAUCUCAUUGAUAAGUUGAUGGACAGCGUGUCCCCCACGGUGCAGAGCAACGUGGACGAGAAUCUGAUGAAGAUCAUCGCUGACAACGGAAAGUUCCAGAUGUUCAAGUCUUUACUGGAGAAAACAGAUUUGGCAUCAGUGAUGGACCUUCCUGGACCAAUGACCGUCUUCGCUCCAACAGUUUCGGCAUUUGAUGCAAUGAAGGAAGGAUAUCUUCAGUGCCUCAGUAGUGAAGAGGGUCGCAGCAAACUGUUGGAGUUCCUCAGGAACCACAUCGUUCCAUCCGUCCAAAUGGAGGUUUAUAACAUUGUGUCCCGCCCCAGUAUCGUCACGAUGGCCAAUCAGGCCCUGACGGUCAACGUGACAGAAAACGGUCAGAUUCUGAUCGACGAUGUAGCCGUGCUUGAGACCGCCGUGACAGCUAAAAAUGGAAAUCUGUAUGUGAUGGAUGGAGUUCUGACUCCGUCCUCCAUUGAACCUGUCCUGCCUCACAGGUGUGACCUCCCAGAAACUAAGACCACCCAGGGGGCGUGUGUCAGUUGUGCUAAAGUUAGCCUGUCUCAGUGCUCCUCUGGGGUCUACACAGGCACCUACACCUUUGGAUGUGCUUACAUCAUGCCCGUGACUCCAUCCGUCAGAUUCACUGUCAGAGGUUGCUCUCCGAUUUGCAACACAACCGUCAUGACUCGGGCAUGCUGUAAAGGUUUCUACGGUCCGGACUGCUCUCCCUGUCCAGGUGGAUUUCAGGCACCUUGCUCAGGACAUGGACAGUGUGUGGAAGGGAUCAAAGGAAAUGGAUCCUGUAUCUGUGGGGAAAACUUCCGAGGUUCUCGCUGUCAGUACUGUUCCUCGUCCAACAAAUAUGGUCCGAACUGCGACACAACAUGCCCCUGUAUCCACGGACAGUGCGACAGCCGUCCCGACUCAGAUGGUAGAUGCAAACCAGACUCCUGUCUCCGGGGUUUCACUGGGCAGUUCUGCGAGCGACGUACGUCUCCCUGCGGCACCCUGGCCCAGUUCUGCCAUGCCCAUGCUGACUGUGACUUCAGUGAUGGAUCAGCCAGGUGUGUCUGUAAUCCUGGAUUCCAGGGUGACGGGAUCACCUGCGUGGAGUCAGAUCCCUGCGCUCCUCCUCUCAGAGGAGGCUGCAGUAUCAACGCUAAAUGCAUAAAGACAGGUCCUGGUACACACUUCUGUCAGUGUCUGACUGGAUGGACAGAGGAUGGAGAUGAGUGUCAACCAAUCAAUAACUGCCGUGGUCCUGAUAGCGGAGGCUGCCAUGCCAACGCCACCUGCAUCUAUGUCGGACCUGGACAGAGUGACUGCAGCUGCAAGGCCGGAUACAAAGGAACAGGGUUUUUCUGUGAGCCUGUAAACCAGUGUGUGACAGUCAAUGGAGGCUGUCACUACCUGGCCAGCUGCCGACUUCUGUCCUCUGGGUGGACGUGUGUCUGUGAUGAUGGAUAUAUUGGAAAUGGGCACGUGUGUUUUGGUACCAUUGAACAGGAGCUGAUGACUCUACCCAAUGCCUCACACUUCUUUUCCUGGACCACGGAGUCCGGUUUGUCUGGCUUACUGUCAGAUCAUAACAUCACCCUCCUGGUUCCAACAUCCGCUGCUGUUACUAAAAUGUCCCCAGAGGACAGAACCUUUUGGACGUUGAAGGGGAACUUACCGAGCCUUAUCAGAAACCACAUCAUCUCUGGAAGCUACCCUCUGUCCGAGCUGAGAGACAUGUCCUCUGUCGUGUCCCUGCUGCCAACAACACUUCCAGUUUCCUCCAGGGACCAGGUGACAUUUGUUGGUGGAUCAAAUAUCAUUACCUCAGAUGUAGCUGCAACCAACGGGCUGAUCCACCUCAUAGAUCAGGUGCUGAUACCUGACAGGAAGCAGAGUGAAGGUCUACUGGCAACGCUCACUCUCUGGCCUGAGUUCUCGCUCUUCAGAUCCUACCUGAUCGGCUACAAUCUGACUGAUGACAUCGACCUCGUUGAUGGGUUCACCGUCUUCGCUCCAACUAACGGUGCUAUCAACACGUACCUUCAGGAGACGGCCUCCACCUCUUUGGACAGAAACUUGACUCUGUACCAUGUGGUGGUCCCGGAGGUCCUGCUGAAGACCGACCUUCAGUCUGGAGGCUACAAACGGACUCUUCUGGGCUUCCCCUUUCAGCUGGGGAUCUACCCUCGAGACGGGAAGCUGUUUGUGAACGAGGCUCAGGUGAACUCCUCCAACAUCCUGUGUGAUAAAGGAGUGAUCCACGGUCUGUCGGCUGUUCUGCACAUCAACAGGAACCGCUGUGACAUCGUCUCGUACCAGACGGUCCCGGGUUUGUGUGGAAGCUGUUUGUUCCGUCAAACUAAAGUCUGUCCCAACAACAGCGUCCCCGUGAAAUCGGCGCGGCUGAAGAAGUGCAUCUUUCGGCAGAACAUGGACGGAGAACUUUUGCUGACAAUCGGCUGCAUAGCUACCUGCACCCAGAAGAACAUGGAACUCCGGUGCUGCGAGGGCUUUUUCGGGGAGCACUGUGAGCCUUGUCCCGGUCCAAAGGGACAGCCCUGUUUUGGUAAUGGGUUGUGUUUUGAUGGGACCAAUGGUUCUGGACUCUGCCGCUGUGAUAAAGGUUUCAAUGGGACAGCUUGUGAAACCUGCCAGAAAGGAAACUACGGCGUUCAUUGUGAUCAAGAGUGUCGCUGUAAAAACGGACGAUGCAGCGAAGGACAGGGUGGAGACGGGACCUGCGAGUGUGACGUCGGCUGGAGAGGCGUCCACUGUGAUGAAAAGAUUGAAUCCAAACUUGAUGAACUGUGUGGCUCCAUCAAAUGUCACAGCAGCGCAAACUGUGUGCUUCAACCUUCUGGCCCUUGGUGUCUCUGUGCUGCUGGAUUUGAAGGAAAUGGGACCUUCUGCAAAGCUGUAGACCCGUGUCUGGUGAAUAACGGUGGCUGCAGUUUGGACGCGGUUUGUAAGCGGACUCGACCCGGUCUUAGAGACUGUGUCUGUAACAACGGCUUCACUGGAGAUGGACUCGUUUGCAUUGAGAUAAAUCCCUGUCUGGAGGGAAAUAGACGUUGCCAUGCCAACGCAGAUUGUUUUCAUGUUGGACCGAACAAAAGCUCCUGUGUCUGCAGUGAAGGUUUCUCUGGAGAUGGACAGAACUGCACCAUGAUCAACUUGUGCAAAACGAAAAAUGGCGGCUGCGACAAAUUUGCUGUAUGCAACAUGACGGGUCCGGGCAUUCGAUCCUGCGCAUGUGCUGAAAAUUACAUCGGCGAUGGUCUUAAGUGCAAAGGCACAGUGGAUAAGGAGAUGAGGAUGAAGGGGAAGAGCAGCUUUUACCUCAGUCUCAUGAUAAUGGACAUUUCUCUGCAAGGCCGUGGUCCGUUCACCGUCUUUGCUCCGACUGCCCAGGCCCUUAAAUCUGUCUAUUCAUCCAUGAUGAUAUCGUUAGCCAAACGUAGCGAAAUUUAUGCUAAUUUCCUGCGUGGUUACAUUGUCAUGUGCCACACGCUGCUGCCUGCCGACCUGAGCCGACCUCGAAACCUGACGUCGUUGUCCGGAGUCGUCCUGACGACCAGCUCCACCCAGGGAACGAUCAGCGUCAAUGGGGUGAACGUGGUAAACAGUGACGACGUCAGCGUUAAUGGCAUCAUCCAUGAAAUCGGCGCCAUUUUGUUUCCGCCCAACUUUGACAAGCUUCUGCUCGUCCCCGACCCAACAGAACUGAACCUGACAGACGUGGCUCAGCUUCACGGAUAUAAAACCUUCUACAAGCUUCUGCAGGACACAGGCGUGAUGGACCUGAUGAAUGAGACGGUUUAUAAACCCUUCACCAUCUUCCUGCCUUCUGAUGUCAUCAUGGCGUCUCUGCCACAAGAACAGAAGGACUUCCUGUUCCACCAAGACAACAAACGGCAGCUGCUGGAGUACCUGAAGUACCACAUACUGAUCAGCCAAAAGGUUUACGCUGAAAGACUGAUCUACCUGGAAUCAGGUCAGACUCUGCAGGGUUCAUCGCUCUCCUUCUCCUGUGGCGGGUUGGAUAACAUCGGAGAAAUCUUCAUCAACGAUGGAUCAUGUCGGAUCACUCAGAGACAUAUGGUCUUUGAAGCAGGGAUCGCGUAUGGGAUCGACUGCCUGUUGACUCCGCCCAGCCUUGGAGGUCGCUGUGAUGAAAACACCAUCCUGGAUCUUCAAAUGGGCUGUGCCCCCUGUAGGUCAUCUCUCACUCGCUGUCCCAGUGGAACCAUCCAGAAGGAAAUUCAAAAGUGUGAUCUUCCCACCAUGUUCAUCAAUAAAAACUCUGGCUGUCGACCCGUCUGCACCAUCAAAAUCUGGAAAUCAAAGUGUUGCCAUGGUUACUACGGACGGGACUGCCUGGUCUGCCCAGGAGGAGUUCACUCUGUCUGCAGUAACAGAGGUAAAUGUGACGAAGGUCACCUGGGGAAUGGUACCUGCACAUGCGAGGCCGGGUUUCAGGGGACAGCCUGCGAGCUCUGCAGUGACGGCUUCUAUGGACCCACCUGUAAAGCCUGCAGCUGUUCGGAGCAUGGGUCCUGUGAUGACGGACGAAGAGGAACCGGACUGUGUUUCUGUGAGGAAGGAUGGACCGGAGAGCGAUGUGACGUUCAGCAAACUGAGGUGUUUCAGUGUUCCCCUCCCUGCUCUCCGAAAGCUGUCUGCAAUGAAAAUCAAACCUGUGUCUGUAGGCCUUUUCAUGUGGGAGACGGGCUCACCUGUACAGUGGUGGACAUGUGUAAGAUCAGGAAUGGUGGUUGUGCUAAAGAGGCCAGGUGUUCUCAGGAAGGAGAGAAGGUGAGCUGCACCUGUUCUACAGGUCACUCUGGAGACGGUAUCACCUGUCUGCCCAUCGACCCCUGCGCCUCAGAGGAAAAUGGCGGCUGCCACAAACACGCCACCUGCACCAUGACGGCUCCGGGGAAGAAGAAAUGUACCUGCAAGGACAAUUACAUUGGAGACGGGGUCACCUGUGAGGUGAAAGAGCUGCCAAUCAGCCGCUGUCUCCUGGACAACGGACAGUGCCACCCAGAUGCCAAAUGUACUGAUCUGCACUUUGAAGAUGUGACUCUAGGCGUGUUCCACUACCGUACGGUAAAAGGUCAGUACCAGCUGAACUACACUGCAGCUCAGCAAGCCUGCACCACAGAGGGAGGCAGCCUGGCUACGUACGCUCAGCUAUCCUACGCUCAGCAGUUGGGUUAG